AUGUCCAUCCUUCGAACUCUUUUGAUCCUGCCAGCCUUCUACCGAUUAAUUAAGGCUGAGUUUGGAAUCGCAGCACAAUUGUUCCAACUCUCAAGGGCUGCAUCAGUGAAUAAUGCGAAGCUAUCUUGGGCAACUGUCGACGGAGCGACGCAAUAUUUGGUGCAGCAGAGCUUAGGCAAUGGAGGGUUCCAAACGAUUGCGACGGUCACCGGCGAGACCUACGACUCGUACGGCCUGACAGUUGGCUCUACGUACAACUGGAGAGUCACAGCCUCGAAUGGGAACGCUCAAGUCGAUCAGUCGUCGACGGCUUCACUCACACCAUUUGCGCCUCAGAAUCAAUACAAUACCUAUGACAAUACACAGCAAACCUCUCUUCGCAUCAAAUCCAACCUACUGAGCAACGGAGUCUACUAUCGAUACAACUAUGAGACGUUCUCAAACGGAAGCUUUAGCAGAUUUGUCGAGCAGACUUCCUCAGACGGAUACACCUUCAGCGGCGACAAGACGGUGUUGACGGGCGAGGUACUUUGCAGACCAUCCAACUAUGACUGCAAACUUGAACGGGUUUCGUUCCAACCGCAUCCCAGCCUCAAUCAGUUCGUCAUGUGGGCACACUACGAAAGAUCCGGGGACUACGGCCUUGGUUAUGUCGCAGUAGCUCACGGAACACCUGGACAGAAUCUCCAAUUCGAUGGAGCGUACCGACCGUUGGGCGACGAUUCCAGAGACAUGACCUUCUUUGUCGACGGCGAGAAUGCCUAUCUUGUUACGUCGACGAACACGAACACGAACAACAAUAUCUAUACCUUGACAGCCAAUUGGACUGCAAUCGACCAGAGACUUGUCCAAGUCAACGUUAACGGCCGUCGCGAAGCUCCCGCAGUGAUCAAGUCAAACAAUUGGUUUUAUCUCUUCACAUCGAGAGCCGCUGGGUGGCUACCGUCUCAGCCCCAAUACAUUGCUGCAACAAGCAUGGCAGGCCCGUGGAGCAACCCCGUCAACGUCGGUAACACGGCUACGUGGAGCGCCCAGUCUGGGGGCGUACCUCAGCUCGAAAGUGGCCAGUAUGCUAUGCUCGCUGACCAGUGGGCAAGCAAUUGGCCAACAAGAGGUGGGCCCAACCGCGAGCUGAUGCUGCCCGUGUCCCUUGCCCCUGGAGGCGGCUUUGCAUCCUAUCACUUUUAUCGCACCGUGCAAUACUCAGACGACAUUUCCACUCAGGGUCAGGGUCUAUAUGGUGUUCAACCUGGGCAAAUCCUCUCCGUUGGAAAACCGUCCAGCUCCAAUGCAGGCACGCAAGACAUCGCGCUUGCGAAUGACGGGGUCCAAGACACGCCAGAUCGCUUCUUCAAGCCUUCGACUGUGCCAUUUUGGUAUCAAAUCGAUCUGCAGGACUCUCACAUCAUCUCUCAGGUCGACCUGACGACGAACUUGGUUCAAGGGAGCGAAACGUUCUAUCGCUUCAACGUCACAGGCUCCAAUGACGGCAAUACAUGGACGCCACUUGCGGAUCAAAGCAACAACGUUAACCCAGGGUUUGCAGCAUCUUUGCCAACGUCGACGGAACGAUUCCGAUAUGUUCGAAUCAAUGUGAACCAGAUCAGGAAUAAUGUCAACAACAAUGAAGCAGAUUUCGCUAGCGGUGUUACAGAGGUGACUGUGUACGGAACAUAG